AUGAGGACAAUGGGUGACUAUCAUGAUCUGUAUUUGAAGUCUGAUAUUCUCCUAUUAGCUGAUGUUUUUGAGAACUUCCGUAAGACCUGCCAUCAGUAUUAUAAAUUAGUCACCUGCUACUAUUUUACAUCUCCCGGCUUAAGUUGGGAUGCUAUGUUGAAAAUGACUGGUAUUAGAUUGGAGCUUAUGAAGGAUGUUGAUAUGUUUCAGUUUAUAGAAAAGGGAUUGCGUGGCAUGGCGGCAUUUCUCAUAUUGCUAACCGACGAGGAGAAGCUAAUAACAAUUAUAUGAGCGGGUAUAAUCCAGAGAAACCAAGUAAGUAUAUAAUGUAUCUAGACGCUAAUAACCUUUAUGGAUUGGUGAUGUCUCAAUGUUUACCAACAGGUGGUUUUAGGUGGAUGACUGAAGAACAAAUACAAAAAGUUAAUCUAGCUGCCUGUACAGAAGACAGAAAAAAGGGUAUGAUUUUGGAAGUCGAUUUGGAAUACCCCAAAGAAUUACAUGAGCUGCACAACUAUUAUCCUCUAGCUGCGGAGAAAAUGAAAGUUACCAAAGAAAUGCAAAAAUAUUCAGGAGCAGUUUGGAAUAAAUAUUGGCCAGGUUGCUAAGCUAAUUCCAACACUAGCCAGUAAUAUAUAGAUUUAGCCAGGGCUAAAAGCGAGGCUCCCAUUAAUGUAUUUAUAAUUUAAAUCAAACAAUAAACUUGUAUUCCACAAUUCAGUUAACUUUAUAGCAUAUAGCACAUUCAUGUGACUUUUGAGGGAAAGGCUAAGUGAUUUUAGAGAAAAAUAAUUUGCAAAGAGCCCAAGAGUGAACAAAAUCUUACACCGAGUUGAUAACCUCAUAUGUACACCCAACAAAUAGCAAUCAUCUUCGAUCACAUUUAAGAGCCAUAAUGGCUCUUGAUCACCGUAAGAUUAAUUAGGCCUGGAAAAAAAAUCAGGUCGAAUUUUUUUGCGUUCGACAAGUUUACUUUACAAAAUCUUGCCAAUAAAUCUGGUUGCGUGUAAACCAACCUUUUAUACCAUUUAUACAUCACAUCUGAGGUGAAACAGUACUAUGAGGUACUGUUUUUAUCAUACAGACCUCGGACAGAAUGCAGUAUUUCACAAUAUUUUGCAACAGAAAUUGCCCUCAUUCAAUAUUCAGGACGAUCGAAGCACGCGUGGGCUUUUAGCUAAACCGUUAAAAAAAUUCCAAAAUCACAUAUACAGCCAGCCAGUUCUCACUUUUGUAGUGCGAGCUGUAGCGAAUGUUUGAACGAACAUACUAAAGUUAAGCUCCAACAUAAUAAAGAAAUUAUUAUGUUUAUUUUUUAUUUAAUGGUUUUAUCGAUCUGUAAUCUUUAAAAGCUUUUGAUAUGCGCGGCAUUUUGAGUACUCCUGCAAGCGAUGUUAACUGAACGACUGAAAACAAAGGCACAGCGAUUAAAUACAAGAGAGACUACCAACAAUCAAUAAAAGAAAUAUAAUUCGGCGAAACAUAUACAGAGAAAACAUUUUUCAUUCACGAAGCCAAAUGUUAAAGUGUCUCUAAAAAUCCUGAGUCUUCAAGGUUAAGCUUAAGUUUAUGUUUUAAGCCGGCUUCCCGGUAUUUAUUCACAGAUGAACUCGAGGCAAGAAAAUCGCUCAAAGCUUUCUUUUACAGCCAGAAUUAUAACUAAAUGUUCUUUGGAACGUUUUCUUUCUAUCUGCGGUGAGAAAAUGUCUAAAGACUUUUUAAAGUUGUGUAAGCUUAUAUCAAGUUUACCUGAUUCUUGGUCAGAUCAAAUUGUCUGAAAUCUUACAAACGUGCAUAAACUACAUAGCCGCAUAAACUACGCUCGAUUUCUUUAAAUUAGAUAUAUAUAAAAAAAACAUCAAACACAAUAAUUACUGAGGCUUACCAUUCGAGAUGCAGCUCCUGAAAGGUAUCAGGUAAGGCCAGUAUCGCUUCAGACCUUUCAACCUUUACGCAUCAAGCAAGGUGGAAAACAAAAACGUUGCCAUCCGAAAUCGAAUUCCCGACUUUGACAAGUGAUGUAUUAAUUUCUCAACCAAAACCCAACUAGCCAUGAAUAACAGAAGACUCCUGAUAGCAGCUGAAUUUCAUUUUGUGCAUCCAGUGGAAAAAGACAGUUAAAAACAUCACAAGUUGACACAAAACUCUGUCAGCUUAAGCUGUCAAAGUAAACACGAUUCAAGAUGCUGCAUAAAUUUUCCGCAUGAGCUCACCUGUCAAAUUUUGACCAAUCAGAGCAUAAAAAAUGAACGUAGAGCGUGACCAACGCGUGACCAUGGUGAGCAAAGUCAAAAGCAACUGUUUUGCCUGUAAUAGCUGGGUAAAUUUUCGGGUCCGAGGUCAGUUUUAAAUCAAAAUUUUAAUUGUGCGGCACAAAAACAAAACAUAUUUCACAUGAAUGAAAAAAAAGUCAAACUUGAGCCUGCAAUCAUUUGAAAGCUAGUAACUUGUCAGCGGAUAACUUCAAAAUAAAACUUGCCCUCUAUGGCUCAACACCUGAGCCCGCGAUACGGUCAAGUGAUACUGGUCAGCGGAUACCCUGUUUUGACAGCUGUCAAUUGAUCAAACCAUUGAUGUCCAAUGGAUGUGUGCAUUAUCAGUUUUCCUGUGCUCUCAAACUGGCUAGAAAGUAUGAGAUUGAACAUUGAUCGCGAUCUAGUAAAACAACUGGUCAGCGGACAGCUUCCAAAUAAAUCACGUCACCUUGAUGAGUUGACACAUAAGCCCUCGAUAUGGCAAUGUGAUACUGGACAGUGGCUAUCCUGUUUUGACAGCUGUCAAUUGACCAUAUCGUGAAUGGCCAAUGUAAAAGAUGUGGAUUUGCCAAGACACGCCUGAGACGCCCCUCCCUUCCUUUUGAUAGUCUCCCCUACCCUACCCGUACAAUCUGUAGACGCGUAUGUACGUACGUACGUGCGCUCGGUCAGUCACGUGACAACCAAAAGAAAGGAGGUUGACCAUAUUCUGUGAGUAUGGGGCUCUGUCCCACGCGCGCUUCGCGCGCGAGGGAACCCCGCUAAAAAGAAUUAUGUACUACAUUAUAGAAAUCUGCAACUCUACCUGUCUCUUGGUCUUAAAUUGAAGAAAGUACAUAGGGUAUUAGAAUUUGACCAGUCUCCCUGGCUCGCACAGUAUAUUAAUUUUAAUACCCAAAGGAGGAUGAAUGCUAAGAAUGCAUUUGAGAAGGACUUUUUUAAAUUAUUAAACAACAGCGUAUCUGGAAAAACUAUGGAGAACAUAGGAAAGCCCGUUGAUGUGAGAUUAGUGACUGCAUGAGCAGAAGAAAUUAUCCAAACUUGUGAGCAAGCCGACCUACGUUAACAGUAAAAUAUUCAAUGAGGACCUUGUGGCAGUUCACAAGAUCAAAGAAACACUAACACUAGACAGACCAGCUUAUGUGGGCAUGUGUACUUUAGAUCUAUCAAAAACUCUCAUGUACGACUUUCACCAUAAUUAUAUUAAAAAUAAGUAUGGGCCAAAAGCUAAAUUAUUGUUUACUGAUACAGAUACUCUUUGUCAUGAGAUUGAGACAAAGGAUGUUUAUAAGGAACUAUGGGAGGACAAACAAUUAUUUGAUAAUAGUGAUUACCCACAAGACAGUCCAUAUUUCAGUGUGGAGAAUAAGAAAGUAAUUGGAAAGUUUAAAGAUGAGGCAGCUGGCAUACCAAUCAGAGAAUUUAUUGGUCUUCGAAGUAAGAUGUAUUCUUAUGUGAAAGACAAUGGUAAAAAUAAAAAGACAUCUAAGAGGGUCAGAAAAUAUCUUUUCAAAAAGAAUAUCACACAUGACAAUUGCUUAUUGAAUGGGAAACAAAUGUUACACAGUAUGCGCACAAUCAGGAGUGACCAUCAUCAAAUUGGGAGCUAACAAUUAAACAAAAUUACUUUGAGCUGCUUUGAUGAUAAAAGAUAUAUCCAUGAGGAUGGAAUACACAGUUAUGCUUAUGGCCAUUAUCAAAUAGGGGCUUCCCCAAGGAAAUAAGUCAUUAGAAUGUUUUGGAAGGUUAUUCUCUUAACCAAUCAGAAGCUACGCAUUGCAUCUACGAAAUUGUGAAAAUUUUCAGUGAAAUGUUUCAUUUUUGCGUAAUCAUUGUGCGUAAACUAUUUAGGUCAUUAGAAUGUUCUAGAUGGCUAUACUCUCGACCAAUCAGAUGAUUACACAAAAUUUUCUACAGUCUGUGGAAUAUUCUGUGAAACUAUAAUGAUUUGUGAAGUUGAGUGUGGGCCAAUACAUUUAACAAAUUAUAAUCUUAUAAUAGUAUAGUAAUGUGUAAUAAAGAAGUUCACGAAUUAUUGAUCCAAGAGAGAUAUUUUAAUUGCGUCUUUUGUAAUAAACAGAUCCAAGACCCCGGUAAGCCCAGGCGAUAUUUUUGUUGCGGUUCUAUGAGACUGAUCAAAGACGGUUUUAUCGUGUGUAAAAAUUGUGGCCAAGUGCAUGGUGAAUAUUUUGCCCCCGAAUAUUUUGAUUUUUAUGGGAAUCGACACAGGAUUAGAAAGAAGUCCGUUUAUCACAGAAAAUAUCAUAUCAUAAAUGUCACGGAUGGUAUCGCACAAAAAAAUAAUAUCCACAUUGGGUACUAUAAUAGAGAGAAUAUUCUGAGAAUAUUCCAACUACUUGACCGUGUUACACCGGAAGUCAAUAAUUUUGGUCGGAAACGGCACAUCAGUGUAAAUUUUAUUAUCAAGCAACUAUUCGACAUUUUAGGAGUAGGAUACAAAUUUAUUCCUCUUACUCGGUCAAAAAGUACAUCAAAAUAUUAUGAAGAUUGGUGGAAGAGAGUUUAUUCCUUAAUUAAGACUGAUAUCAAUAGACUAAUUUCUCAGAACUAGACAGGAAGUAAGGGAAAACCCUAACUGGAAACAGAUUUUAUUCAUUGAGCGAGAGACCCUGGGGACGAGAUUGUGACCAUAAACCGUCCGCCAUCUUGUUUUAUGGAAAGAGAAACAUUUAUUCAGUUUCUGUUGGACGGGAGAGGAAUUUUCUACCGUGCUGUUUUUCAAAUCUUGUUACUAAUGGGGCAAGAUCAACGAUUGUUUCAUCGAGGACUGACAUUUCCUUCAGGAAUCAUCCUUAUCAAAGGUACCUCCUCGCAAUGAAGUUCUCAGCCCGACUAAUACUUUGUCGUAGGUAGUACAAACAAACUUAGCCAUCUCAAUUUUCUUUUUGUGGUCUUUCGUGUCAGAAAACGUUUUAAGAACUAAACUAGGGCCUGAUAUGCUUCCUAGAAUGGCUGGGUUGGCUGUCAAACCACCAGCAACAGUUCCGAUUACUAUCAACCCAGUGGAGCAUAUAUUUAAUAGGAGAUGCAGUUUUUUGAAGUAG